ACAUUAUUAGAUAGUAGUAAUUUGGACGGGCAGUUCUCGCCAAACCUCACCAAUUUUCACCAACCCCCCUAAAGCAAUCUGACCUGCGAGAAAAUUUAGCAAAAGCAGCUUGAUUUUUUCAGCUAAGCAUUCAAAAUUUUGAUAUAUUCGUCGAUUUAACUCCUACCCAGUUGAGAAAAUUCCAGUUUCGGUGGGGAAAACUCAAGUUUUCCUCACUUUUGUAGCAUUUCUUGAACUGGGUCUGCCUGGCCGGCGAAAAAGUUGGAAUUUUUUUCUUUUAAAGUUAGUUUUAGCUUCCACCCAGUCGAGAGGAGAUGGAUUCUAGCCCAGAGAAGUUGUCACCUUUCGAUUUGAUGGCUGCGAUCUUUAAUGGAGCUAAAUUUGACGGGUCUAAUUCGUCGGAGUCCGGUGGUCCGUUGCCGCCGGCGGUGGUGGCGAUGCUGAUGGAGAAUAGACAGUUGAUGAUGAUACUGACGACCUCGGUUGCUGUGCUGAUCGGAUGCGUUGUUGCAUUGGUCUGGCGGCGGUCGUCGGCCUCUACCAAGAAAGUGGCGGAGCCGCCGAAACUUAUUAUGACAAAAUCCGUGGAGGAGCCGGAGGAAAUUGAUGAUGGAAGGACAAAAGUUACCAUCUUUUUUGGAACCCAGACUGGUACAGCUGAAGGCUUUGCUAAGGCACUUGCCGACGAAGCUAAAGCUAGAUAUGAAAAGGCUGUUUUCAAAGUAACUGAUUUGGAUGAUUAUGCUGCUGAUGAUGAGGAAUACGAGGAGAAGUUGAAAAAAGAGACUUUGGCUUUUUUCUUCUUGGCCACAUAUGGAGAUGGCGAGCCAACUGACAAUGCGGCGAGAUUCUACAAAUGGUUUGCCGAGGGAAAAGAAAGAGGGGACUGGCUUAAGAACCUUAGUUAUGGAGUUUUUGGUCUUGGCAACAGACAAUACGAGCAUUUCAACAAGAUUGCAAAAGUGGUUGAUGAUCUUUGUGUUGAGCAAGGUGCUAAGAGGCUUGUUCCUGUUGGUCUUGGAGAUGAUGACCAGUGCAUUGAAGAUGACUUUGCUGCAUGGCGUGAAAAUGUGUGGCCUGAGUUGGAUAAACUACUAAGGGAUGGUGAUGAAGCAUCUGUUGCUACUCCUUACACUGCUGCUAUUUUGGAAUAUCGGGUUGUGUUCCACGACAGAUCAGAUUCACCAGUUUUAGAUGAUAGAGCAAAUGGACACGCUAAUGGUCAUGCUGUUAUUGAUGCACAGCAUCCUUGCAGAUCUAAUAUUGCUGUAAGGAAGGAACUUCAUACUCCUGCUUCUGAUCGUUCAUGCACACAUCUGGAGUUUGACAUUUCUUGCACUGGAAUUAAGUACGAAACUGGAGAUCAUGUUGGUGUGUAUUGUGAAAAUCUAAGUGAAACUGUGGAGGAGGCUGAAAGGUUACUGAAUUUGCUGCCAGAGACGUACUUCUCCAUUCACACUGAUAAAGAAGAUGGCACACCACUUGGUGGAAGCUCCUUGCCACCUCCCUUCCCACCCUGUACAUUACGAACUGCUCUGACUAAAUAUGCUGAUCUUUUAGGUUCUCCUAAGAAGUCCGCUUUGCUAGCUCUGGCAGCUUAUGCAUCUGAUCCUAGUGAGGCUGAUCAGUUAAGGCAUCUUGCAUCCCCAACUGGAAAGGAUGAAUAUGCACAAUGGGUUGUUGCAAACCAGAGAAGCCUCCUCGAGGUGAUGGCUGAAUUUCCAUCAGCAAAACCUCCACUUGGAGUUUUCUUUGCUGCAGUUGCCCCACGUUUGCAGCCUAGAUUCUAUUCUAUAUCUUCCUCGCCAAGGAUGGCACCCUCUAGAAUUCAUGUCACUUGUGCUCUUGUUUAUGAUAAAACACCAACAGGAAGAAUCCACAAGGGUGUAUGUUCAACAUGGAUGAAGAAUUCCAUUCCUUCGGAGGACAGUUAUGACUGCAGCUGGGCUCCUAUUUUCGUCAGGACAUCUAACUUCAGACUUCCUUCUGAUCCUAAAGUACCCGUUAUAAUGAUCGGCCCUGGUACUGGUUUGGCUCCUUUUAGAGGUUUCCUUCAGGAAAGAUUAGCUCUGAAGGAAGAAGGAACUGAACUUGGUCCUGCAGUCUUCUUUUUUGGAUGCAGGAAUCGCCAAAUGGACUACAUCUAUGAAGAUGAGUUAAACCACUUUGCUAAAAGUGGUGCACUCUCUGAGCUAAUUGUUGCCUUCUCCCGCGAGGGGCCCACUAAGCAAUAUGUACAACAUAAAAUGGCAGAGAAGGCUUCCGAUAUCUGGAGCAUGCUUUCUGAGGGAGCCUAUGUGUACGUCUGUGGUGAUGCCAAAGGCAUGGCCAGGGAUGUCCACCGAACUCUCCAUACCAUUGUGCAAGAACAGGGAUCUAUGGACAGCUCCAAGGCUGAGAGCUUUGUAAAGAAUCUGCAAAUGAGCGGAAGAUACUUGCGCGAUGUAUGGUGAUCAGCCCCUAAAAGAUAGUAGGGAAAAUGACAAAAAAAGAUCGCGAUGCUUUUAUAGGUUAUUAAGGGGAGGCAUUGUGCAAAAGGUAUCCCCGCCUUCCUCCGCCAGCGUGAAAAUGGAAGUGUCCUUGUCGUGUUAUUGUAUUAAUUCUUCUUUUGCUUUUGGAGGAUUUUUUGGUUCAUGUAAGUUAUAAAUACAGUAGUAAUACAUGCCAUAUUUAUGUUGAACAUAUAUAUAUACAUAUAUAUAUAUGUGCCAAUAAUGGUUGGUAGCAACUUUUUAGAGGCAGGCAUAGCUGCCGGAAACUGGGGAGUCUGUAUUAUUACUAAUGAGACAGGGAGAUGGUUUUGACCGACCCACCGACAUGGAUUGAUUUUGAACUCGUAUAUAUUUAAAGUUUUUAUUUCCAGUGUUAAA